AUGAAAUUCCAACUCGCUUUCGCCUCUUUGUUACCUUUUGUCACCGCUGCUGUCAUCCAAGGCGGCCAGCCUGCUGGCGGUAUCGUGAUCAACACCCCGGCUCAGCUUGCUCAGUGCGAGGCCUCUAAGGUCACUUGGUCUGGCGGAAAAGCUCCCUAUACCGUCACUGCCAACGGCCAGUCUCUCGGUGAAAAUAUCCAGGACACCUCUGUUAACUGGAACACCGACGUGGCUUCCGGAACGAGCGUCACCUUCACCGUUAAGGACAGCACCGGUGCUCAGGGCUCUUCUGCGCUAGCCAACGUUCAAGACUCUUCUGACAAUUCAUGCCUGCAGUCGGCCGGCCACAAGCGUGAUGAUGCCAAGCAGCCUCCUCCUCCUCCCAAGUCGACAGGUGUUCCUCCCCCACCGCCUGGCGGGCCGCACCCUAAGCGUGAGGACGAGGCGCAUCCUCCGCCGCCGCCCAAGACUUCGGCCAUCCCGCCGCCGCCUCCUUCCCCGCAUCCCAAGCGUGCGGAUGAGGGCAAGCAGCCCCCGCCUCCUCCCAAGUCGACGGGUGGCCCUCCCCCGCCGCCACCCUCUGGUGGCCCUCACCCCAAGCGUGAGGACGAGGGCAAGCAGCCUCCUCCCCCGAAGAGCUCUCCUCACCCCCCUCCACCGCCGCCUUCGGGAGCUCCUCACCCCAAGCGUGACGAUGAGGGCAAGCAGCCCCCUCCCCCUCCGAAGUCAACCGGCCUUCCUCCCCCGCCGCCUGGUGGCCCUCACCCCAAGCGUGACGAUGAGCACAAGCGGCCUCCCCCUCCUCCGCCGUCCGGUGUCCCGCACCCCAAGCGCGAGGACGAGGGCAAGCAGCCCCCGCCGCCCCCGAAGAGCUCUCCUCAUCCGCCACCGCCGCCGCCUUCUGGCGCUCCUCACCCCAAGCGUGGAGAUGAAGGCAAGCAGCCCCCUCCCCCUCCCAAGUCGACUGGCGUCCCUCCCCCGCCACCCGGUGGCCCUCACGCCAAGCGCGAGGACGAGGGCAAGCAGCCUCCGCCCCCGAAGAGCUCUCCUCACCCCCCUCCUCCGCCACCUUCUGGGGCUCCUCACCCCAAGCGUGGCGACGAGGGUAAGCAGCCACCGCCGCCCCCAAAGAUGAAGGCAAGCAGCCCCCCUCCCCCUCCCAAGUCGACUGGCGUCCCUCCACCGCCACCUGGUGGCCCUCACCCCAAGCGCGACGACGAGGGUAAGCAACCCCCGCCGCCCCCGAAGUCGACAGGCCUCCCUCCCCCGCCGCCUGGUGGCCCCCACCCCAAGCGCGAGGAUGCGGCAAAGCAGCCUCCCCCUCCCCCCAAGAGCGCGAAGCUCCCUCCUCCCCCUAAGCCCUCGGCUCCCGGAGGCGGGCAUGCUUAA